AUGAGCAAGCGUGUGGCUAUCGUGGGCAGCGGCUGCUCAGGUCUCGGUGCUUUAUGGGCGCUGAACACCAGCACUCGCCAUGAAAUCCAUCUAUUUGAGGCAGCAUCCCGACUAGGUGGGCACACGAACUCCAUUCCAUACGAAGGAUCCAAUGGUCAGAAGGUCGAAGUUGAUGCUGGUUUGGUUGUCAUCAACGGUGCUACCUCCCCCAACUUCUUCCGAUUCCUCCAAGUGUUGGGUAUUCAGUUGAAGAAGACUGACCUGACCUUUGGCAUCUCCCGUGACCAAGGGGCGUUCGAGUGGGCAUGGACGUCGUGGUCCUCCAUCUUUGCCCAGAAGAGGAAUAUCUUCAGGCCCAGCAUGUGGAAAUUGAUUUUUGAAGUCAUCCGAUUCAACGAAUUCGCGCUUGAUCUUCUCCAAGAAGAUGACAGUGAGGAGGAUUCCACCACUCAGGAAAUCCAGCAAAAAAUGGAACAUCGGUCACAAGAGAGUAUCGGUGAAUAUCUCGAACGCGAAAACUAUUCCAGGGAAUUCCGCGAUAACUAUCUCAUUCCCAUGACAGCUGCGAUAUGGGGCACGAACCCUGAUGAAUGUUCCCUGGAGUUCCUCGCUCGCACCUUGGUUCGCUUCAUGUACAACCAACACAUGCUGGAUGUUGCUGCCAAAUUCUCGGAUUGGUGGACCAUCUCUGGUGGAGCUGAGCGAUAUAUCGAAGCAGUGAUGGAAGAUUUCUCUGCCGACAGAAUCCAUCUCGAUUCCAAUGUCACUUCACUGACUCCAAGCGACAAAGGUAUUGUCGUGUUGACGGCGAAUGGAAAGGACCAUGAAUUCGACCAUGUGAUAGUCGCAACGCAGGCCGCUCAAGCUCUGGAGAUCUUACAACCGCAAAUAACCAGAGAGGAGUCGGACAUUUUGAGAGGUUUCCGCACCAAUAGAAUUGUUGCCGUGUUACACACUGAUCUCUCACUGAUGCCAAAGCGACGACAGGCGUGGUCAUCCUUGAACUAUAUCACUGAGUCCCCAUUCCCGCCUACCAGGAGUAAGCAGGUUUCCAAAGGCUGUCUGACGUAUUGGAUGAACGUACUGCAUGAAAUGCCACAAAGUCAAUUAGGACCGGUCCUGGUCACACUCAACCCUUUGAAUAUGCCCCAUCCUCGACUGGCGCAGGGAAUCUGGGAAUAUGCCCAUCCCCAAUACAAUGCUACCGCAAUCAAAUCACAGAAACUGCUGUCCAAGAUUCAAAACACCAAGAACAUCAGUUACUGCGGAGCUUGGACGAAAUACGGCCUUCCUGAAGAUGGAUUCAGUAGUGGGCUGUCGGUUGCCAUCAAUUGUUUAGGGGCAAGACUGCCUUUUGAAAUUAUCUGCUGA